AUUGAGGAACUUGGUCGUGUCUUGUGUAACGUAUGCAAUGUGGUGCCUGGUGGAAUUGUCUGCUUCUUCCCCUCAUAUGACUAUGAGAAAGCUGUGCACUCGGCCUGGGAGAAGAGUGGUACAAUUCAAAAGAUACAGCUCAAAAAGAGAGUGUUUCGAGAACCAAAGAGGAGUGGAUUGGCAGAGAAUGUGUUAGCAGAGUACACUACCUGUAUACAACGAUGUGCCGCCUGGCAAGGGAGUGUCACCGGUGCACUUCUGAUGUCCGUCGUUGGUGGCAAGAUGAGUGAAGGCAUCAACUUCUCCGACGAUUUGGGCAGGUGUGUUGUCAUGGUAGGCUUACCAUACCCUAACAUCAACUCUCCAGAACUGAAGGAAAAAAUGAACUACCUUAACAGUCACUUUCCUCCAGGCCAAGAUGGCAAACAAGCUGGCCAGGUACACUAUGAAAACUUGUGUAUGAAAGCAGUCAACCAGUCUAUAGGGAGAGCUAUUCGCCACAGAAAUGAUUACGCGUCCAUUCUCUUGCUAGAUCAGCGCUACUUGAGGUCAAGUGUCACUUCCAUGCUGCCACAGUGGAUCAGCCAACACCUGCAGUCUGCGGAAAACUUUGUCUCCGUAAUGAAAGCUUUACCAAAGUUUUUCAACAGUCAUAAAACAAAGCCCUGA